CUCAUAGAGCUCUAUUAGCGUGCUGAAUGAAUGUGUGUGUGAAUGGGUAAAUUAGAUAGAUUGUAGUGUAAAGUGCUUUGAGUAUCCUGUUAUGAUAGAAAGGUGCAAUUUAACUCAUUUACCAUUUAACUCGUUUCUGUCCAAAUAUUGACAUGGCAUGUGGAGGCAUCUUAAGGAAAAUCACUGCUGUGAUUGGAGUUUUUGUCAUUCUGAAGGUGCAAGCUGCUGCCACAUUUAUGGAUGAUGUUGCAGAUGAAGGUGAACUGAGAGACGACAUUCCUGAGAUCAACAGAGAGCUGAAAUACCUGCUUGAGGGGGACAUUGCUGGAAAUCCCAGGAGAAAUGCAAUCCUUGAUCAAGCAAGAAGAUGGAAGUUUCCUAUACCGUACAUCUUAACAGAUUCUUUAGACCUGAAUGCUAAAGGUGUGAUCCUCCAGACGUUUGAUGAAUACCGGUUGAGAUCCUGUGUGGACUUCAAGCCCUAUGAAGGAGAAACCAGUUACAUCUCCUUUACCAAACUCUCAGGGUGCUGGUCGUAUGUUGGAGAUGAUGGAACAGGCCAGAAUCUGUCCAUUGGAGAAUGGUGUGACACCAAAGCUAUUGUGGAGCACGAACUCCUCCAUGCUUUGGGCUUCUACCAUGAACAGUCCCGUUCAGACAGAGAUGACUACGUUCAGAUCUGGUGGGACCAGAUUGAAGAAGGGGGUGGAGUGACCAACACACAUAUUCUCYUGGACCAGUGCUCUUUUGAGCAGAUAAACAUCUGUGGAAUGAUCCAGAAUGAGGAGGACAAUGCAGACUGGAAUCAGACCCUAAGCAGUCCAAGUGAUGUAGAUCACACUCUAACUGGUCGCUGCAGAGAUUCUGGCCACUUCAUGAUGUUUGACACAUCUUCCGGUGUGSUGGGCAGCAGCUCCCUGCUGGAGUCACGUAUCCUCUCUCCGAAGAGGGACGAACAGUGCCUGCAGUUCUUCUAUAAGAUGACUGGAACCGCUGGGGAUAAAUUAGUAAUAUGGAUCAAAACUGAUGAUGGGACAGGGAGUGUGCGCAAUAUCAGGAAGAUCCACACCAUUACAGGUGAUGGGGAUGAUGCCUGGAAAAUUGCUCACGUGACUCUUAAGGCGACAAAGAAAUUCCGCUAUUUGUUCCAAGGCAUCAAAGGAUCGUCAGGCGCCAUUUUACUUGAUGACGUCACUCUCACAGAGACUGUCUGCCCUAGUCUUGUCUGGCAAAUUCACAAUUUCACCAGUGUUCUCAGCAUCACUCCCGUUGGCACUCCACUUAAAAGCCAAUGUUUCUUCAACUCGGAGGGCUACUCAUUCGCAAUCAGCGUGUACCCAAAUGGAAUAGUAAGUGAUUACUCCGACUUUGUUGGCAUUUUCUUGCAUCUCUGCAGUGGAGAAAAUGAUGCAGUGUUGCAGUGGCCAGUUGAAAACAGGCAGGCCACUGUUAUCUCCAUGGACCAGGACCCUGACGUUAAACUAAGGAUGUCKUCAACCAGGAGCUUCACCACAGAUGCUAACGCCCGUUGGAACAAACCAACAAAUACAUCAGGAGCAGUUUGGGAUGACGGCUGCUGGUGCUUCCGCAGUCGAGACUACGGCUGGAGGACGUUCAUUUCUCACAACCGUUUACAAAAAAGGAGCUUCCUCAAAAAUGAUGACCUCAUUAUUACUGCUGAUUUUGAGGAUUUGACACAUCUGAUUAACACCGAGGUUCCUGUAAAACCUACAGUCCAAAGCAGUGAUCUCCGAGAUGAAAAGGCCAUCCAUAGGGUGGAAACAAAACAUGAAACUCCAAARCACAGGGAGGAACAGUCCGUCAGCCCCUGUUAUCCUGGCUUGUGUUUGAACGGAGGCGUGUGCGUGGAGAGGUCAGGGASAGCCAUUUGCAGGUGUGUGACCAGCCAGACCACCUUUUACUCUGGUCUGAGGUGUGAGAACCUGAACAUCGACAGAGGCAUUCUGGGAGCUCUUAUCGGAGGCACAGCAGGAACUGUAGUUCUGACAUUUGCCAUUUUCACUGUUAUCAGGAGAACUCCUACAAACUCACUGUAGAAGAUUCCUGUUUCAUCUGCAUUCACAGAAAAAACUGCAGCACUACUGUAGUAAGAUGAUGUAAAUCCCUAAAUCAAAGUAUAGUCAAAGUCAUGAAAAAGGUUAGUUUAUAACUUUUGUUGAUUAAGUACAUCUAAUGGAAUACCUUGGUCUGCAACAGAAAAAUAAAACAAAAUAAAAUUUAAAAGCUGUGGAGA